AACCUCUGGAGUGUUUUGUAAGCGACCAGGAAAUAAUUAUUAAACAACUUGGCGAGCAGGAAGCGAACAUAUCGUUAGCUUCUGUAAUGUCUCGACCUUUGCACUGCCGCAUCGUUGCACAACACGUUAUUUAUUGAGCUACCGGCGGAGCAGCCGUUGGUCGCCGCCAAUCGUUCGCUGAACACGGCGGGACGUCACGUCGCUGGUGUCGGCUCCAGAGGCGGUGCUGGCUGGGAGUGUCCGAGGAGUGACCGCUCCGAUAAGACCGCCCUGCCCACUAAAUAACUAUAUCACAAUACAGCAGCAUGCCAUAGCAGUUAGCUGUCUGUGUGUAGCUUUAGCCCCGCAGCACUACGUCCGUACAGAGGAGCUGACAGCCGAGAACUGAUCAUGUGGCUGCCUUUGGUUGGGAUGACGGCCCUGCCACACCUGGGUGGCUUCUAUGGUGGCUACAUCACACGCGCACAGGUGAAGACCUGGUACCCAACCCUGCAGAAACCAUCAUGGCGUCCACCGAAUGGAGCGUUCCCUAUAGUGUGGACGUGUCUGUACACAGGAAUGGGGUAUGGCUCCUACCUGAUAUGGAAAGAGCUGGGAGGUUUCACUGAGGAUGCUGUGGUUCCACUGGGGCUUUAUGGGCUGCAGCUCGCUCUGAACUGGGCCUGGACUCCUCUUUUCUUUGGUGCACACAAGCUGAAAUGGGCGCUGAUUGAGAUUGUGCUUCUCACUGGGACUGUGGGAGCCACCAUGGUGUCCUGGUAUCCCAUCAGCCGCACGGCCACGUGGCUGCUGGCACCUUAUCUGUCCUGGCUGUGCCUCGCCUGCAGUCUGAACUACUGCAUAUGGAGAGACAACCCUGAGAAGAAAGAAGAGUAGGGGACAACUCUGUGAAGAAACUGCUUUAACCCUCCUGUUGUCCUCAUUUCCAGGCACUAAAAAUAUUGUUUCUUUGUCUGAAAAAAUAAAAAAAAAUUCUGCAAAAAAUUUCCCCAAAUUUCUGAAAAUUUGCAAAACAUUCAAGAAGAAAAUUCCUUAAAAGUUUUAUUUUUAAAAAAAUCCCUCAAAUUUGGCAAGAAAAUUCCUGUGAAUAUUUUCAAAAAAUUAGUACAAAUAUUCCAAAAAUAAAAUCCUAAAAAUAUCUAAAGUGAUUCCAUAUAUAUCAGUAAAACUUCUAGUAUUUUCUUUAAGAACAUUCACAUAAAAAUCAAGCAAAAUCCAGCAAAUUUUUUACAUUUCUUUUUUUCCACCAAAAAAUAUUCAAAGAGUUCCCCAAAAUGUUGAAAAUGUGGACAUCAGAAGUUUGACUGUGAAAAUAGAUUCCCCCCCCACACACACACACACACACAUUUUCAAACUUUAAUACAGGUCCAUUUUCACUCGCAGGAUGACACGAGGGUUAAAUUCUGAAUCAUCGCGUGAAAUUUUUUGAAGAUCUUCCCGCAGAGUUACACUUUUCAUCUUCAUUAUACAGUUUAUUUUACAGCGUCAAGUUCUCAUAGAGCUGUCAUGCAGUGUUGGUCGGCUGGCGUGCAGAAAGUAUCUGAAACAUCCUGAGAUCAUUUGGACCUGGAGUUUAUUCUGCAGUUUCCCUUCCUCAGCCAUUAACCUGUUGAACUGUAGGCAGCGUGCUACUGAUAAAUAUUAACAAACAUUAAAUGGAUUUUUGCUAAAGAAAAACGUUUUCCCAUUUAUAGCUCUUCAUAUUCAUUUGCUAGUAACAAAAAUGCACUAUGGAUCAAGCAGCCUGAUUACAUUUUUUUGUGUGUUUAUGUCCUUUUUUCAACAGAAGUGUAAAACUGAAUUUAUUUGCUUUUUUAUGAAGAAUAUCCCAAGUGUGAAUUUUGUGGUGAUUCAUUAACACUUAUCAGCAGUUUGACUCACUAUAAUAAAUAAAUGGAUACAUUUUGUAAACUUCUA